AUGAAUAUUGGAAGUUCUAGCCAGAACCCACGCUACGCAAUGGAAAGAGAUAAAGCAGCUCUCCGAGAGGGACUGAAGUCAGAAGAAAGUGAUGCUAGGCAAUCAGCCCAUGGAAGUACUAGAAGUAGACACUCCAGGAGGUUGAAUCAAAUACAGGAAGCUGUGUUCCAGCAGAAGGCUACAACACAAAGGAGCCCGGACACUCUGAAUAACAUGACUACCAUGAUGCAAUGGCAAGUCAGCAGGCAGUUCAGGAAGGACCGUGAAGCUGCUAUGGCCAAGAUUCCAAAUUCUGAUAUGGUGGUCCAACAACUAGACCUUCCUUACGGUCCUUCACCAGGAUUGGCAUGGCCAUAUCAGGAGAACCCUCUCAUUGCACAGAUAGCUGGAAUACCAGGCCAUGGAGAGAUCCAGGCUGGACAGAGGGGAUGA